CAAGAAUGAUGGCGUAAAGAAAAAUCUGCAAAAAGAAGGGGUACAAAAAUAAUAAUCGGGUGUGCAAAGGAGAACGAACAAUACAAUGAAGAAGAGGAAAAAAAACAAAACAAAGGAUAGUCCAUCACACGACAACAGCUCAACAAAACAAGGUCUUGCUAGUAGAUCGAUAAAGGUACCUGAUCAACUGCUGCAACUCACAAGAAAAAACAACACAUUACGCUGCGCACCCCUCUCUCUUCUCCCUUCCUAUACAGGCAACCACCUCCCCAUCAUCUACACCCUUAUCCUUUAAAUACCCAGAAGAAUCCCUUGCCAAGCCCUUCCUUA